CCACACAAAUCUAACAACUACCAUAUAUAAAUACAACUACUCUUCUCUUCCAAUUCACCAAUCACAGUUGAAAUAUCAUUCACAAACAAAAUGGCUGCUGCUAUUAAAAUCGUUGCUCUCUCUGGUUCUAUUCGAAAAGCUUCUACCAACACCGGUCUCAUCCGUGCUGCUAUUGAAUUGAGCAAAGGUGUUGUUGAGGGUGUUGAAAUUGAAAAUGUUGAUAUUUCAAAUCUACCAUUGUUGAACACCGAUCUUGAGAAAGAAGGAACUUAUCCUGCUGAAAUUGAAGCUUUUCGCCAAAAGAUUGUUGCAGCUGAUGCCUUUCUCUUUGCUUCUCCUGAAUAUAAUUAUUCUCUCUCUUCUCCACUUAAGAAUGCAAUUGAUUGGGCAUCAAGGCCACCAAAUGUGUGGGCUGGUAAACCUGCUGCUAUAGUGAGUGUUGGAGGAGGACAUGGUGGUGCGAAAUCGCACUACCAUCUUCGACAAGUUGGAGUUUUCCUCGAUAUUCAUUUCAUCAAUAAACCCGAGUUUUUCCUCAACGCGUUUCAGCCUCCGGCAAAAUUUAACAGUGAUGGUGACUUGAUUGAUGAAGGUGCUAAGAAUAAUUUGAAGGCUGUUCUUUUGUCUUUGAAGGCAUUUACCUUGAAGCUUCAAGGCAAAAAUUGAAAUAGAUUUGAGUACCAUUAAUUGUUUGAAAUAAAAUAAGCUUUGGAUUUUGAGAAAGAUUUUAGCUUAAGUUGUUAUUGAUACUCAGUUACAAAAUGUGUUUGUUCUUUAUUUAUAUAAGGGAUUUUAAUUCA